AGCAAUUCUCAAUUGAUCAGUGGUGAAAAUGUCGAACGAGAAAGGUGAUGAUAUUGAGGCGCCUCUCUUGUCUUCGUUUAUGGAAGAAAACCCACAGCUAUGGGCGUUUAUUCGUAAAGUAUACGCAAUCUUUGCCGUUCAACUCAUCGCCACCAUGGCGGUCGCAGCCUUUAUCGCGGACCACCAAUCCGUUGCUCUUUUCUUCGGAACCACUUGGGCCGGCUGGGUUGUUUACGGGGUCAUCUUAAUAGCUGCUUUAAUUGUUAUUGUUUUGAUCGAUGCUCUCGAAAACGAGCAUCCCAUCUUCAACUUCAUUAUGCUUGGCGUAUUUACACUCCUUAUAGGACUACUUGCUGGCCUUGUAGUGUCAUUCAUUAGUGCGAUGAUAGUAUUAGAGGCAGCGGCCGCGACACUGGCCGUGGUGGUAUGUCUUACGUUGUACACAUUUUGGGCGGCGAGGAGAGGUGACGGCUUCAUCUUCGUCAUUCCCUUCGUGAUCACCAUCGUCGUCACUCUCGUCCUGCUUGUCAUAUUCCAGAUCUAUUUCCCAUUGGGAAAAAUCUCCACAAUGUUGUACAAUGGGCUUUUUAUACUCCUCCUUUGUGCCUACAUCAUAAUCGAUGCAUAUACUUUGUCCACUCGGUACGACCACGACCAAUACAUUUGGGCUUCGGUUAUGCUCUACUUGGACAUCCUCUACAUUUUCUUUCAAUUAUCUAAAGUAGUAAUUAAAUGUAUUGGUAGAAAUUGAUUGUAUUAUUUCAUUGUUUUUAGUUUGAUACUCCCUCCGUCCCACCAAAGAUGUCACACUUGUGGGACGGCACGAGAUUUUAGGAGGUUUUAUUUUGUGUGUUAAAU